CUCCAAAUAUGCAUGCCCCUAAAACCCUAACACCUAGAACCUUCUGCUCCCAUCCAGAGAGAGAGAGAGAGAGAGAGAGAAUAAACCCUAGUCUUCGGUGCAAAAAGUGAAGGAAAUGGCGAAGCGUUUGAUCCCAACCCUCAACAGGGUUCUCGUGGAGAAGAUAUCUCCUCCGGCCAAGACCACUGCCGGUAUUCUGCUCCCCGAGAAAUCUACCAAGCUGAAUUCAGGGAAAGUGGUAGCAGUGGGACCAGGAAUGCGCGAUAUGUCUGGGAAUCAUAUCCCAGUGGCUGUAAAGGAAGGCGAAACUGUUCUCUUGCCUGAUUAUGGUGGGAUGCAAGUUAAGCUCGACGACAAAGAGUAUGCGCCAUCCCUUUUCUCUGCUAUCUAUUUACACUCACAUGUAUAUAUCCUAUGUUAUGAUUUUCAUAUUAGGCUGUGUUUGAUUGGUCAAUCUAAUGAUGACAGAUAUGUUGAUCCAUGAAUAGUUCUACCAGACUGUCAUUCCCUACUGAACUAACAUUCCCUUUGGAUUGGGGUUAACAUUGAGAGAAGGAAAGGAUUCGGAAUGAGAUUUGGAGUGAGAAAAAAAUGAGCAAUACAAAUUUGCCACUUACCUAGACUAACAGUCCCUUUGAAUUGUGGGAAGGGUGAAAAUAAUGGGUCGGGUUUGAGAUUUGGCGAGAAACGAAAUGUAUCUCUUCAUCCCUUAACUGGUUCUGACCUCUUUAUUUUAUCCAGAGGAGCCAUUUUCAUUCCUGUUCUUUUCUUAUAAUUUCUUGCCAUCCAAAGAUGGCCGCGAUAGGAAGGGAAUACUAGUACUUCAGCCCGACAAUGUUUGAAACCGGACUAACUAGCCCGGAUUGGGCUCCAUGUGCGUUUGGUGGUCGUAAUAAUCCAUAAAGGGUUUGUUGAAUUCCCAUGGGGCCAUGGGGGAAGUAGGUCUAGGAUGCUAUAUGUACAACAGGACAACUAAAAGCCCAAUUUAGCUGUUUUAACUACUUAAGUGUGUUCUCUAUAGGUUAAACAGUUUUUGUUACGGUACCUCUCCAAAUAUAUGUAGUUACUAUUCACAAGUCAUUGAUUUCUUUGUUACUUUGUCUCCCUUCAAAAGCUACCCUGCCUCUCUUGUUGCAAAGUAAAAUGGAAAAUUUAAUAAAGUAAGAAAGAGAAAUGAUACAUAUUGUUACAGUGGAGAGGUAAAAUAGAUAGUAUUGUUGGAGUUUUGAAAGAAGAACUGACUAGUUAAACUAAAGAGAACUUAUUGUCUUACCAAACGCGGCUAAGUUAUUGCGUAUUCUUAUUUCAUGGGAUUAGCGCAAUUAGCUGGCCAACGUUAAAUGUAAUUAUGGUGGUACUCAAGUUUGGCUGGACACUAAUAGUAUGCUCUCCUGCUAUCUAAAAGUACGUUUGUGGGUGAUUUGUUUUGAGAUUUUUGUACAAGGCCCUCUUUAUUGCUCGGACUAACAAAGAUGUAAUCGGGCAUUAAGAUUAAAUGUUGAAAACUAAUAACGAGGGAUUGUUAAUACUUGUCUCAGGUAUUUUGUGAUCCCUCUAUUCCACAGCUAAUUUCUUCAAUCAAACAUGUCAGUCUAACUGUGAGGAGAUAUAUAUAGUGUGACUGGAUGAUUAAGUCAACUAGAUAAAUAGUGAGGGCAUCAUUAUUACCACAUCUACGUUCCAGACUUUGUAUGUAAAGUUGUAAAUUGCUACAUUGAGACGUACUUGUAACUCAUCCAUGUCUACCUUGCCUGAUCAAAUGGGCCCCCCCUUAAAGUACUAAGCCAAAUGAUACUCGUAUCUUUUACUUUUGUGGAUUUUUGUCAGGUACCAUUUGUACAGGGAUGAGGACAUUUUGGGCACUCUGCAUGAUUGAAUUGCCGUCACGUAGUGUGAUUUCUCUCUCUGUCUGAGGAUUUUUAGCUUUUGAGUUCUAGUUUAGUGCUGGUGUAACUGAUUAAUGAUGGAUUGGAACUGUGCUGAAUGAGGACUUUCAUAUUCCACAUUA